CCCAGGUGUGGCAUAUGGACGUUCCCAGGCUAGGGGUCGAAUCAGAGCUACAACUGCCGGCCGGCCUACACCACAGUCACAGCGAUGCCGGCUCCGAGCCACUUCUGCGACCUACGCUACAGCACAGGGCAACUCUGGACAUCCUCAUGGAUACUAGUCGGGUUCUUUUCUGCUAAGUCUCUAUAGGAAUUCCAGGAGACUCUUCUUGAAAGGGCCUGCAGAACUUGACAAACAGCUGGCACUGCAUAAAUGCCUCUCUAGUUGUGAUUAUCCACACAAAAAGAGCUGAAAUUCUGGAGUCAGACAUCUCAAGUUCUAGAUCAAUUCCAGUGCUUAUAGCUAUGUGACAUGGGGCAAAGUUCCUUACCUUUCUGUUCCUAAGUUUUUUAGUCUGUUAAAUGGGGAUACAAAGAGCAUGCAUUUCGCUGGAUUGUUGGAAACAGGCAAUGAGUUAUUCCAUGUAAACCACUUAGAAGAGUGCCUGGCCCAUGGUAAGAGCCAUAUAAGUGUUAGCUAUUAAAAUAAUAAUUAUUAUUUCUCAGUCUGUUGGCCUGUCUCAAGAGUCUCUGAGUUUGCAUGACUCUAAUCUUGCAUCUCUCCCUGCCCUGACCCCCACCCCCAUACAUCCACUUUUCCUUGCUCAGGCCUUGCCCUCCAUCUCUACGCUCAUGGGCCAGUCUUGCCUCUCUCCAAGGCUCCCCUGGCACAGCCAGCUUCAGCACUGGUCAGGGAUGACUCACUGUGUACUCCUAGCCUGUGGGACCUGCAGGUUAGCCUCCUGAGAUGCUGCCCUCCAACCAGACCUGCCCAGCCCCCCAACACUACCCCGUUGCGCCCCCGCAGGGCCCAGCCAGAUGUCAGCUGCAGUUAUUAGCAUGGGCGGGAGACACAGGCCUGGCAGCAUGCCUGCCAGACUCAGCGGCCACUGGAAUCUCCCUUGAGCCUGGGGAGGGGGAGGGGAGCAGUUCAAGCAAAGGAGGAGGGGAGGGGGUACCCAGAGGUCACAAGGACCCUCCAAAGAUGGGGACACCCCCAGCUUCUCAUGGGACCUUCCUCCCCAACACCACCACCGGCUCUGCUGGACUUCCCCCUGCCCCCACAUAGCUCAGUUUCUCUUUCGCCUCUUUCGUUUUCCUUCUCUCCUCCACACUUGGUGAGCUGUGUCUGCCCUACAAAGGCUGGCUAUCUCCUCUCCCUCAGCCUAAGUCUACCCUAAAGAAACUUCCAUGUUUCCAAAAGAUAGACAUGUCUCUUUCAAGACAGAGAGGAGACAGAUACUGAGAGGCUCAUCUCUGGUUCUAGUGGCUCAUAGCCUACCUCCUGGAAGUCCCACCUUAAGUAUAACUAAAGCCUCAGCAUCUAAACCUUCACCCAUUUUGGGGAAGAGGCUCUGGAGAGGUUCCCUCAGAUUCGACUCAUGGAUUUUCAGGUCCUCUCUGUCAGCAGGGGAAGGGAGCCCUCAGAUGAGGGAGUGUGGAUCCCCCUUUGGGUAUUCUGGAUGGUGAGGAGACCCUCACACUAAAAUAGGAGUAGGGCCUCUCACCCACGUGAGUGAAGGAGGAAGCACCCCAGCCCCUAGGGAUGUAUUUGGGGAAGGACCCCAGAUCUCCUGGCAGAAAGUAAGGGCACCCAGCAUGAGGUAGGAGGCCGUCGUGCCCGCCCGCCCAGGCGCCGGGGUCGCCCAGAGGCAUUGGCGCGCCCCUUCUGCGCCCAUCGGGCCGGGGGCGAAGUCCGACCCAGGCCCGCGGGCAGGCGCGGACCUGCCAGGCUGGGUCGGGCUGGGCAGGGCCUGGCAGGACGCGGCCCCAGAGCGGCUGGGUGGGGCUGGGCCAGGAGGCCGUGGGGGCCCCGGGGGCGGCGGUCGGGGCUGGUCGGGACUAGCCGUCUGGGGGCCCGGGCGCGCCCUGGGACCUGGCAGAUACUCGGGCUCCCGGCUCCUGGCCGGGGGCCCCGGGACAGUGCUGACCCCACCCCUUCCUGUGCCCUUAUAUGGGCGUCAGAGAGAGACUCCGGGGGCCGCCCCGCCCCCAGUCCUGCCUGCGGACUCCGGCCUGUUGCCUUGGCGACCAGGCCCCGCUCCCCGGCGCGUCCCCCUCCGUCCGGCUAAUGGAACCGUCCCCGGAUUGCUAGCCUUUACGACACUAGGGCUGAACCACUGCAGGGGUGGGGGUCGAUGACUGGGGACCUCUGCGGUUGGGUGUGUUCCGCUCGCUCUGACUUCCUCGGGGGUCGCAAGCCCAGGUUCCUCUUCCGAGGCGCAGGACCCGGCUGGACCCAGGGCGGGGCAUAUGGUCCCGUAGGAUUCGAGUGACGGAGGCAGGGCCCGGCUCCUUCCCCCGGGGCUGUUGCCACACUUCCUGCCGCGGCGCUCUUUCCCCAGCCUGUUUCUAAGGAAGAGUGGGGUUGGGCGACCGCGCCCCGGCCGUCAGGCUGGGUCCAGGCACCAGGAGUCUUCACGGUGUCGGUCAAGCCGAGGAUCACUGGGGGAGGGCUUUGGGGGUGGGGAGAGAGUAUACUGGAACUUAGAGGUCACUCACGAGAGGGGGCGCCCAUCAUGGAAGAUCUAGCAGUCCAGGUAUCCUGGAUCCUCAAAGACCCUUCCUCCCAUGUUUCAGCCAGGGCCCCUCCCUUAGUGUCAUCCCAGCUCCGAGGGGGUGCCCCGACCCUUCUAAUUCUUUUUCAUCGGGGCUUCGCAGUUGACCCCAAUGACCCCUAGCCUCUGACAACGUCCCAGUCUUCUACCCCACAUAUUUUCCUUGACUCAGUGUACCCCAGAACCCUCACUUUUUCUGCUUAUCUGGGUCCCCCCAGUUCCUUACUCUUCCCAUGUAGGGGGCUCUCAGUCUCAUGGAUCCCAAGACCCCUACUAAUUUUUUGCACAACCGGUCCUCCACCCGCUCCCGUGUACCCUUUUGAUCUCUUAUCCCUCCUUAUUUUUCCUGGGUUCAGUUUCUCCUGUGAAAAUUCCAGUCCCUCACCUCUGCUAUACCUGGGACCCCUACUCAGUUCCUGCGUCUCCGUACUCUUCCUCCGUCUACGUUGCUUAACCUUCCUUUUUCUCCUUUGCUGGGUCUGUCAUUGUAUUCUCAGGCUUCCAACCCCUCUGCCAUACUCUGGAUCCCUCAGGCCUUUGCGUGUGCACCCCGGGACCACCCCCCACCACACACACAUUUGCUCUGUACCAGUUCCUCGUAUUCUUCAUCGCGUACUCCAGGGGAAUCAUGGCUCUCCCUGGAGCCUCUCCCUGUCUACUUCGGACCGCCCCAGCCCCCUGCUCCCAGCGCACCUUAGGGUCCCCUGAACCCCUCCCCCUGCAGCCGCGCCGAGCCACCCAGCCCGUGGCCGCUGUUUACAAGGACACGCGCUUCCUGACAGUGACGCGAGCCGCCUCCUCCCCUUCCCCACGCUCCAGGAGGGGGGCGCGGGGGCCCGGCUCUAGAGACGGCCAAUCGGAGCGCACUUCCGUAGCUGACAAUCGCCGUAUAAAGGCGUGGGGCUCCGGCUGAGCGGCCGGGACCUUGAGCGCGGCCAGGCCAGCAUCGGAGCCAGCAGGGAGCGGGGAGCAAGGGGGAAGCGACACCAAGAAAGCGAGCGCGCAAGAGAGGGGCAGAGGGGCUCGAGGAGCCGCACCGAGCUUCUGCGCACAGCCGCUGGCUGGUCUCUCCCGGCCGGUGCCAGCCCCCGGGAACGCGCGUCCAGACACCCAGUCCAGACACCGCCGCGGACUGCGCGCUGCUCGCUGCAGCGAGGCCCGGGGCGGCCCCGCAGGGACCCCCUCAGACUGUCCGGGCCGCCCGGAUGUGCACUAAAAUGGAACAGCCCUUCUACCACGACGAUUCUUACGCAGCAGCGGGAUACGGCCGGACCCCGGGCGGCCUCUCUCUACACGACUACAAACUCCUGAAACCCAGCCUGGCGCUCAAUCUGGCCGACCCCUACCGAAAUCUCAAAACACCCGGGGCGCGGGGUCCCGGCCCAGAGGGCAGCGGUGGCGGCAGCUACUUUUCCGGCCAGGGCUCGGACACAGGCGCGUCGCUCAAGCUUGCCUCUUCGGAGCUGGAGCGCCUGAUCGUCCCCAACAGCAACGGCGUGAUCACGACGACGCCCACGCCCCCGGGACAGUACUUUUACCCCCGCGGGGGUGGCAGUGGUGGAGGUGCUGGGGGCGCAGGGGGCGGCGUCACCGAGGAGCAGGAAGGCUUCGCCGACGGCUUUGUAAAAGCCCUGGACGACCUGCACAAGAUGAACCACGUGACGCCCCCCAACGUGUCCCUGGGUGCCAGCGGGGGGCCCCCAGCCGGGCCCGGGGGCGUCUACGCGGGUCCAGAGCCACCUCCCGUCUACACCAAUCUCAGCAGCUAUUCUCCAGCCUCUGCGCCCUCCGGAGGCGCCGGGGCCGCCGUCGGUACCGGGAGCUCGUACCCGACGGCCACCAUCAGCUACCUCCCACACGCGCCACCCUUCGCUGGCGGCCAUCCCGCGCAGCUGGGCCUGGGCCGCGGCGCCUCUACCUUCAAGGAGGAACCGCAGACCGUGCCUGAGGCGCGCAGCCGCGACGCCACGCCACCGGUGUCCCCCAUUAACAUGGAAGACCAGGAGCGCAUCAAAGUAGAGCGCAAGCGGCUGCGGAACCGGCUGGCGGCCACCAAAUGCCGGAAGCGGAAGCUGGAGCGCAUCGCGCGCCUGGAGGACAAGGUGAAGACACUCAAGGCCGAGAACGCGGGGCUGUCCAGCACUGCUGGCCUCCUCCGGGAGCAGGUGGCCCAGCUCAAACAGAAGGUCAUGACCCACGUCAGCAACGGCUGCCAGCUGCUGCUUGGGGUCAAGGGACACGCCUUCUGAGCGCCCCCCUAUUCCCGAACGGACAUUUCCCCAGCCUGGACGGCUGGGCGCACGGCUCCCAUGGGGCGAGGGGGCAGGCGGUGGGCACUGGCCCAGGGGCCUGGGGACGCCACAAACCACACUGGACUCCUGCCCGCCCGCUCUGCGCCCAGUCCUUCCACCUCAACGUUUACAAGCCCCCGCUUCCAAGUUUUUUUGUAUGUUUUUUUUUUUUUUCCUGCUGGAAAGACUCAAUUCAUAUUGAAUAUAAUAUAUUUGUGUAUUUAACAGGGAGGGGAGGAGGGGGGAUCGCGGCGGAGCUGGCCCCGCCGCCCGGUACUCAAGCCCCUGGGGAAACUGGGGAGGGGGACCCUCGCCCCCUGCCCUCCCCCCUCUGCGCCAUACUGUGGAGAAGAAACACGCACCCCGUCUUUAAAGAGUUUAUUUUAAGAUGUGUUUGUGUGUGUGUGUGUUUGUUGUUAUGACUUUUUAUUGAAUCUAUUUAAGUAAAAAAAAUGUUCUUUAUUAA